AUGAACAACCAAACAUCAACAAUAACUAACGGAUGUGAUGGCGCAAUAAAUACAUUUCCAUUUCGAGAAGAUGCAAAAGGUCGUCGAUUUAUCAAUAUUCAAUGUAUGCAAAAUGUUCUUCUUAUCUGGUUAGACAGUAACAUUAACGAUACAAAUGAUGAUUGCCAAAAUACAAUCAAACAACUGCAACGGGUUGUCAACGACAUCAAUACAUUUACAGAUGGUGAUCAAUGUCUUGAUUUCAUUCGAGAAAUCAGUGACAAAAAGAUAUGUAUGAUCAUAUCUGGAUUACUUGGACAAAAUAUUGUGCCUCGUGUGCACAGUAUGUCCCAGAUUGAUUCAAUAUUUAUUUUUCGUGAUACUGAAAAACAUCAUGAACAAUGGACCAAAGAAUGGCCUAAAAUAAAGGGUAUCUACACAGGUAUUACACAUAUCUGUGAAGCUCUUAAAUCGGCAGCUCAUCAAUGUGAGCAAAACGCCAUUCCGAUGACUUUUGUGGGAUUAAAUAAAAAAGUGGAUCAAAAUAUUAUUGAGCAUAAAAUUCGAGCAAAAACAUAUUCAAGCUAUACGGAUUAUUGUCGCGAUGUUUUUGUUGAUAAUGAAGAAGAAAUGGUUAAUAUUAAACGGUUUGAACGUGAAUAUCAUGACAAAACACCAAUUUAUUGGUACACCUGCCAUAUGUUUCUAUAUCCCAUGCUCAAUCAUGCAUUACGAAUGAUGGAUGGUGAUAUCAUUAAACGAAUGGGCUUCUUCAUUAGUGAUUUGCAUAGACAUAUUGAGCAACUACACCGGAAACAAUAUCGUAGUAAAACGGCUGCUAACACCUUGACACUCUAUCGUGGACAAGGUUUGUCUAAAGAGGAUUUUGAGAAAAUGAUGAAAACUAAAGGUGGUCUGGUUUCGUUUAAUAACUUCUUAUCUGCCAGUGAAAACAGCAAAAUUUCAAUACGUUUUGCUCAAGAUGCUACAAUAAAUCCAGAUCAAGUGGGAGUUCUUUUUAUCAUUCACAUUAAUCCUACUCAAUCAACAAUACCCUUUGCUUCUAUUACUGGUAUAAGCGCUACUAAAACAGAAAAGGAAGUCAUAUUUUCAAUGCAUAGCAUAUUUAAUAUCCGCGAUAUUAAACAAAUGUAUGGAAAUAAUCGUUUGUAUGAAGUCAACUUAACACUUACUGAUGACAAUGAUCCACAAAUAAAUAGACUUACUGAUAACAUUCGAGAAGAAAACUUUCCGCAAAAUCAGGGAUGGUAUCGAUUAAGUUUGGUACUACAUAAAAUGGGUCAAUUUGAUAAAGCUGAACACAUUUGUCAAGUUUUACUAGCACAAACAAAAGACUACGAACAAAAAGCACCUAUUUAUCAUCAAAUUGGGUCGAUCAAAGAUAGUCAAGGACAAUACGAUAAAGCGCUCACGUUCUAUGAACAAUCCAUUGCUAUCUAUAAAAAAACUCUUCGUCCAAAUCAUCCCAAGUUAGCUCACUCUUACAAUGACAUUGGCGAUGUGCACUGCAACAUGGGCAACUAUCCGCAAGCACUUUCAUAUUAUAAGAAAUGCCUUGAGAUCUGUAAACAAUCACUUCCUUCCAAUCAUCUUGAUUUGGCUAAAUCUUACAACAACAUUGGUAAUGUUCAUUACAGCAUGGCUGAUUAUCCGAAAGCACUUUCUUAUUAUGAGAAAGAUCUCAAAAUUCGACAACAAUCACUACCUCCCAAUCAUCUUGAUUUAGCGACGACCUAUAUUUGCUUUUGUGCGGCGCAUUAUCGAAUGAGUAAUUAUUCGAAAGCACUUUCAUAUCAAGAAAAAGCUCUUGAAAUUCAACAACAAUCACUUCCUAUCAAUCACCCUGAUUUGGCUGAUUCCCACAACAACAUUGGUGAAAUGCAUAGAAACAUGGGUAAUUAUCCAAAAGCACUUUCAUCUCAUGAAAAGGCUCUUGAAAUUAGACAACAAUCACUACCUUCCAAUCACACAGAUUUGGCACAUUCUUACAACAACAUUGGUAAUGUGCAUUACAACAUGGGUAAUUAUCCGAAAGCACUUUCGUCUCAUAAAAAAGCCCUUGAAAUUAGACAACAUUCACUUCCUCCCAAUCAUCUGGAUUUGGCUGGUUCUUACUACAACCUAGCUGUAGUCUAUAAACACAUGGGUAAUUAUCCAAAAGCACUUUCAUUUCAUGAAAAAGCCAUUAAAAUCAAACAACAGUCACUUCCUGCCAAUCAUCCUGAUUCAGCUUCUUCUUACGCUAAUAUUGGUGAUGUGCAUUACAAUAUGGAUGAUUAUCCCAAAGCACUUUCAUCUUAUGAGAAAGCUCUGGAAAUCAGACAACAGUCACUUCCUCCGAACCAUCCUGAUUUGGCUAAAUCCUACAAUAACAUUGGUAAUGUACAUUACAAUAUGGGUAGUUAUCCGAAAGCACUGUCAUCAAAUGAAAAAGGUCUUGAAGUUCUACAGCAAACGCUUCCUCGCAAUCAUCCAGAUUUAGCUCAUUCCUAUGCGAACAUUGGUGUAGUGCACGAUAGCAUGGGAAAUUAUAUCAAAGCACUUUCAUUCCACGAAAAAGCCCUUGAAAUUCGACAAAAACUAAUUCCGCCCAAUCAUCGUGAUUUAGCUGAUUCCUACAGCAAUAUUGGUGAAACGCAUAAAAACAUGGGUAAUUAUUCGAAAGCAAUUUCAGCUCAUGAAAAAGCUCUUGAAAUUCGAAAACAAUCACUUCCUCUCAAUCCUCGUGAUUUGGCUGAUUCCUACAACAGCAUUGGUGAAAUCCACAGCAACCUGGGUAAUUAUUCGAAAGCACUUUCAUUUCAUGAAAAAGCGCUUGAAAUUAGACAGCAAUCAGUUUCUCCCAAUCGUCGAGAUUUGGCUACUUCAUACUAUAAUAUUGGUGUAGCGUAUAAAAACAUGGGUAAUUAUUCGGAAGCACUUUCAUCUCAUGAAAAAGCCAUUGAAAUUCAACAACAGGUACUUCCUCCGAAUCAUCCUGAUUUAGCUGUCUCCUACGCUAAUAUUGGUAAUGUGCAUUACGACAUGAAUGAUUAUACCCAAGCGCUUUCAUCCUAUGAAAAAGCUCUUCAAAUCAGACAACAAUCACUUCCCCCAGCUCAUCAUGAUUUAGCUAUGUCCUACAAUAACAUUGCUGAUGUGCAUUAUAGCAUGGGUAAUUAUUCGAAAGCACUUUCAUCUAACGAAAAAGCUCUUCAAAUUCAACAACAGUCGCUACCUUCCAAUCAUUUGGAUUUGGCUCAUUCCUACACAACCAUUGGUGUACUGCAUGACAGCCUUGGUAAUUAUCUCGAAGCACUUUCAUUUUAUGAGAAAGCUCUUAAAAUUCGGCAACAAUCACUUGCUUCGAAUCAUCCAGAUCUAGCUGAAUCCUAUAAUAGCAUUGGUGAAGUGCAUAAAAACAUGGGUGAUUAUCCAAACGCACUUUCAUCUCAUAAAAAAGCCAUUGAGAUUCUGCAACAAUCGCUUCCGCCCAACGAUCGAGAUUUAGCUCAAUCCUAUGGGAAAAUUAGUGUAGUGUAUAAAAACAUGGGUAAUUAUCGAAAAGCACUUUCAUCUUAUAGAAAAGCCCUUGAAAACCAACAACAAGCACUUCCUCCCAAUCAUCUGGAUUUGGCACAUUCCUACGACGACAUUGGUGCAGUGCAUUAUAGCAUGGGUGAUUAUUCAGAGGCACUCUCAUUUCACGAAAAAGCCCUGGAAAUUAGACAACUAUCACUUCCUACCAAUCAUCGAGACUUAGCUGAUUCUCACAGUAAAAUUGGUGAGAUGCAUAAAAAUUUGGGUAAUCAUUCGAAUGCACUUUCAUCUCAUGAAAAAGCUCUUGAAAUAAGACAACAAUCACUUCCUUCCAUUCAUCCAGAUUUGGCUGCUUCAUACUACACCAUUGGUGUACUACAUAAAAACAUGGGUAAUUAUUCGGAAGCACUUUCAGCCCAUGAAAAAGCGCUUGAAAUUAAACAACAAUUACUUCCUCCCGAUCAUCCUGAUUUGGCUUCUUCCUAUGGAAAUAUUGGUAAUGUGUAUUACAACAUGGAUGAUUAUUCUAAAGCGCUUUCAGCUUAUGAAAAAGCUCUUGAAAUCAGACAACUGUCACUUCCACCCGAUCAUCCUAAUUUUGCUAUGUCCUAUAGCAAUAUUGGUAAUGUACAUUACAAUAUGGGUAAUUAUCAAGAAGCACUGUCAUCUAAUGAAAAAGCUCUUGAAAUAAGACUACAAUCACUUCCUCCCGAUCAUCCGGAUUUAGUAGGAUCUUAUUACAACAUCGGUGUAGUCCAUGAUAGCAUGGGUAAUUAUCCUGAAGCACUUUUAUUUCAAGAAAAAGCCCUUGAGAUUCGUCAACAAUCACUUCCAUCAGAUCAUCCAGAAUUGGCUGAUUCCUACAACAUCAUUGCUGAAGUGCAUAACAGCAUGGGUCAUUAUGCUGAAGCACUUUUAUUUCACGAAAAAGCUUUGAAAGUUCGGCAACAAUCACUGGCUAACAAUGAUCCUGACUUGGCUACCACUUACUACAACAUUGCGGUAGUGUAUAAAAAUAUGGAUAACUAUCCGGAAGCACUUUCAUUUGAUGAAAAAGCCCUCGAAAUUCGGCAACAAUCACUUCCUGCCAAUCAUCCGGAUUUGGCUAACUCUUACUACAACAUCGGUGUAGCCUAUAAACACAUGGGUAAUUAUCCAAAAGCACUGUCAUCUCAUGAAAAGGCCCUUGAAAUUCGACAACAAUCGCUUCCACCCAGUCAUCCGGAUUUGGCUUCCUCCUAUGUAAAUAUUGGGAAUAUAAACUACAACAUGGACGAUUAUCCUAAAGCACUUUCAUCGUAUCAAAAAGCUCUUGAAAUUAAACAGCAGUCACUUCCUCCGAAUCAUCCUAGUUUGGCUAAUUCUUACAUCUGCAUUGGUUUAGUUCAUUACAAUCCGGGUAAUUACUCGAAAGCACUGUCUUAUUAUGAAAAUGCACUUGAAAUUCAAGAACAAUCGCUUCCUGCCAAUGAUCCUGAUUUAGGUUAUUCCUACAGCAACAUUGGUAAUGUGUAUAACACGAUGGGUAAUUAUCCCGAAACACGUUUUUAUUGUGAAAAAGCUCUGGCAAUUCGACAACAGUCACUUUCUCCGAAUCAUCCGGAUUUGGCUGAUUCCUAUAACAAUAUAGGUGUAGUGCAUUACAAUAUGGGGAAUUAUUCCGAAGCACUUGCAUCUCAUGAAAAAGCUUUUGAAAUUAGACAACAUUCCCUUCCUCCCAAUCAUCCUGAUUUAGGUAUAUCGUAUAACAACAUUGGUAAUGUACAUUACAAGAUGCGUAAUUAUCCGAAAGCACUUUUAUUUCAUGAAAAAGCACUUGACAUUCAACAACAAUCGCUUCCUCACAAUCAUCCUGAUUUGGCUGGUUCUUACUGCAACCUUGCUGUUGUGUAUAAACACAUGGGUAAUUAUCCGGAAGCACUUUCAUCACAUGAAAAAGUCCUUGAAAUCAAACAACAAUCACUUCCUCCCAAUCACCCUGAUUUGGCUACUUCCUACGGUAAUAUUGGUAAUCUGCAUUAUAACAUGGAAGAGUAUCCCAAAGCACUUUCAUCUUAUGAGAAAGCCCUUCAAAUUAGACAGCAAUCGCUUCCACCCGAUAAUCCUGAUUUGGCUAUGUCCUACAACAACGUUGGUAAUGUGCAUUACAACAUGGGUAAUUAUCCCGAAGCACUUUCAUCAAAUGAAAAAGCUCUUGAAAUUCGACUACAAUCACUUUGGCCCAGUCAUCCGGAUUUGGCUCAUUCCUACGCGAACAUUGGUGUAGUGCAUGACAGUAUGGGUAA